AUGGACCCAGAAACGAGCAAAGACGUCCCACCAGGACCAAAGCCCGCAGAAGAUGAUCCGGACCACAGUCUCGUGGAGCGAAUGGCUCGCUUCCGCAAGAAUCCAUUCAACUUCGCCCAUGAACUCUCGCUUUUCAUCAGAGGUGUGGGUUGGCGGUCCUACGACAACGUGAUCGGCCAACCCUGUUUCUAUCCGGCCUAUUCAGAGAAUCUGAAGAGCCUCGUCAUGAAAUCGCCGAUCUUGCAGCAGAAGCUGUCACAGUUGACGGAAGCUCGACUUAAGGUCGAGGAGGAGCAGCAUCUGCUGGACUCGGACAGUCCAUCGUAUUUGCAAGACAAAGAGAUACGCAAGACGCAGAUCAUCUCGAAUCUUGUCGAGAUCACUCAGGACAUGCUCGACAAGAUGAUGUGCAAGAUGGACAGCAAACCUUACCUUCGAAGUGCAUACUAUGGCGUCACUCAGCUCCUAACUCGGGCGUAUUCCAGUAUACAUGUCUCACAAAAGGAGGUUAAGCGGCUGCGUGAGGUUGCCAAAAUGGCGGCCAAGGAGAAAAAGUCCAUCAUUUUCCUUCCAAGACACACAAGCCAUAUUGACUAUGUCUCGUUACAUCUAGUCUGUUAUUGCCUGGGCCUAACCUUGCCGGUAGUGGUGGCUGGCGACAACCUGAAUUUCCCGGUUGUUGGAAACUUUCUGCAGAGCCUGGGGGCCAUGUGGCUGAGGCGGAGCUUUGGCGACGACGCUCUAUACCCGACUUUGGUCCAGUCCUAUCUCGAUACCAUGAUGCAACAGGGCUACAAUUUGGAAUGCUUUAUUGAAGGCACUCGAUCACGGACUGGCAAGCUGCUGGGACCUAAGUUCGGCAUCUUGAGCUUCUAUCUGGAUUCGGUGCUAUCAGGCAGAACAGAUGAUGCAUACAUAUGCCCGGUGUCGAUGCAGUAUGACAGAGUCAUCGAAGUUGACUCUUUUGUGACCGAGCUUCUAGGGAAGCCUAAGCAAAAGGAGAAUCUCGCCGACUUUCUGUCAGCCUCGUCUCUUCUUGCCCUCAAUUUCGGACGAAUAGAAUGCAGAUUUCAGGAGCCAUGGAGCUUGAAGGAAUUCAUCAAAGAGCAGCAAGCUCGAAUACCGCCUGAGACGGAGCCUCGUGACACCCGUGUCAGAAUAUUGCGCACGCUCGGGUACCGAGUUCUCUCAGAUAUCAACAAAGUCUCGGUGGUCAUGCCCACAGCUCUCGUCGGCACUGUUUUGCUGACGCUUCGUGGCCGAGGUGUUGGCAAGUCAGAAUUGGUGCGGCGUGUGGACUGGCUCCGCGCGCGCAUUAAUGCCAACGGUGGACAGGUCUCAGACUUUCAAGAUUUGUCGACAUCCGAGGUCGUCGAUCGAGCUCUCGAUGUUCUAGGAUCGCAGCUUGUUGGGCGAGUUGACGGUCUUGCUGAAGAGACAUUCUACGCCAUCGAUCGAUUUCAGCUCUCCUUUUACCGCAAUAUGACCAUUCAUCUGUUCAUCUCUGAAGCCCUAAUCGCUGCAGCACUCUACACCCGCGUCAAACAAGGAGGCGGCAUCGCCACGCAAUCUAUUGCCGAACCUGCUCUUGUGGAGAACGUGACCUUCCUCUCCCAACUCUUCCGCGGGGAAUUCAUUUUUCCUGCAGGUCAGGGCUUACAGCGCAAUAUCGAGGAUGCGAUGGCCGGUCUCCUCCGCGACGAAGUACUUUCUAUCACCCCAUCGACUGACGAUCAGACGCGAACAGUUGGCCUGUCAGAGACCGAACGUGCUCUUGGCCGUGAGAAUUUUGACUUCUAUUGCUUUCUCAUCUGGCCUUUCGUUGACGCCGCUUGGCUAGGCGCCGUCUCUCUCUUCUGCCUUGUGCCUCCGACUGAUUCUUCCCUGGUCUGGAUCGACAUGAAGCGCGUCCAAGACAUCGCGCAGCUCUUCGGCCGUACACUUUACCACCAAGGCGACCUGUCAUACUUCGAGAGUAUAAACAAGGAGGCAUUGAAGAACGCGUAUACACGGUUUCAAGAGGAGGGCAUCGUAUUUGUGGCGAAGGGAGCAGCUGCUAAGAACGGGCCAACAGUGCGGCUGGCUCCAGAUUGGCUGCCACAACGAGACCCUGCAACAGGACAAAUCGAAGCCCACGGGAGACUCUGGGACUUUGUGGAGCGUAUCGCACAGCAUAGACGAGAAGGGAAGAACCGACGGGAUGGUGCGACGGUCAGCACGAGGGUGUUGGCACUGGCGGAAAAGCUGAACUGGGAGCUGUUUGGAGAGGUCGAGGACAGUGACAGUGAAGGAGACGUGAAAGGACAGGUGCCGUUGAAGAGACGGACUAGGCGAACGAAGCUGUAG